GCUCUGGCGCGGUGGCCGGGCUCCGAUGGGGACGGGCCGGCAGCGGCGCCGGGCGCCCGGGGGCCUCUCCGCCGCCCAGCGCGGUGGCGCGGGCUGAGGGGAGCGGGCCGCCUGCCGCCGCCCUCCCGCUCCCUUCUCCUCCGCUGGAAGAAGGUGCAGAGCAUGGAGAAUGAUGAACUUCCGCCAGAGGAUGGGAUGGAUUGGUGUGGGGUUGUACUUGUUAGCAAGUGCUGCAGCUUUUUAUUAUGUCUUUGAAAUCAAUGAGACUUACAACAAAUUAGCACUGGAGCACAUUCAGCAACACCCCAAAGAGCCACAGGAAGGAACCACAUGGACUCACUCAUUAAAAGCACGACUGCUAUCCUUGCCUUUUUGGCUAUGGACUAUAAUAUUUUUAAUACCAUAUUUACAAAUGUUCUUGUUUCUCUAUUCCUGUACAAGAGCUGACCCCAAAACCGUCGGAUAUUGCAUCAUUCCUAUCUGCUUGGCUGUUCUCUGCAAUCGUCAUCAAACAUUUGUGAAGGCCUCUAAUCAGAUCAGUAGAUUACAACUGAUUGACACUUAGCUCAAUUUCUGGGUUUUGUAGCUGUUCAGAAACAAUUCCAUAUGGCUCAUCUAAUCACAAGACUGAAGUAGAGAGAAGACUGGAAAGAGCCUUUUCUAUCAAACUGUUAAGCAAUGAAGAAAGUUACUGUUUUCUAUUUACAGAAAAAAAGAAGGAAAAAAAUUAACUACAAAGGUUUUUAAAUAUAGGUCUCUCAGAACGGCCAGAGUGGGAGAGCCCUGCGUGACACUUGAUGGAAGUACUCCUUGUUUUGCCUUAAUGAUGCAAAAUUGCAACACUCCAUCUGAAACAUCGUAUGGGGGGAUAAGUCUGGUCCAUGAUUUUACCCUUCUGUGCAAAAAAGUGAUUUCCUGUUUUCCCUUGGAGAAAAAUCAAUGAAAAGAUACUACUUUUGUGGUAAAUGUAAAAGGAAAAAAAAAAAGAAUGUGAUUAUAAAAGCUGCACUUAACACAAUUCUUUGCCUUUUUUUUUCUUAAGUAAUUCAUGUCUACAUCAGUGCUGGUUUUUAAUGAUUUUUUUAAAAAGUAAGUUUAGAUGCACAGGGAGCAAGAAUAAACUUGGUGUGGAUCUCUCAAGGGAAAAAGGUAUCUUUUUUUCCUAUGGUAGCAUACUUUUUUCAGUAACCACAACAAUAGCACAUUGCAGCAGACAGGCACUGAGGAGUGGCAUAGGCCUGGAGACUGGUGCUUUAAACAUCAGAAGCAGUUUAUGCUGGCACUGGCCUGUAGUCUGCACAAAACUUCAUUUGUGUUUCCUCAUACAAGUGAUUGGCAUUUACUGCCAUUUUAGUUUCACUCUGGACAUGAUGUAAAACCAUGUUCUGGGAGCACUGAUGUAUUAUGAAAAUCUCUGCAUUUGGAGAAGCUAACUGGUAUUAGGUUGGGGUGGAUGCUACAAAGAAGUUGUUGGACAGACCACCAUGUUUCUUCCAGAAAUUUUAAGAAGAUAACCUUCUUCUCAUUCUUGCAAUGAAUAAAAAUCUUUUCAGUCAUA